AUGAUGUGGUCAGAGAUCCUGAGAAUAAGCCUGGUGAUUCUGGCCGGGUGGGUGCUCAGCACAGCCGGCUCUGAGCCGGGCUGGACACUCAAGAGAUCCCUGGCUCAGAGGGGACACCUGGACGAGGUGCUGCCGGAAGGAGAACGCUGCUGGCUGGGGACCAAGGUCCGAAGACCCAGAGCUUUCCCCCAGCAUCACCUCUUUGGGGUCUACCCCAGCAGGGCUGGCAGCUCCCCGAGGCCCUACCCUGUGGGAGACCAGGGCGCACAGCACGCAGGACGCAGUGAGCCAGCCGCCGAGGGAAUGGCGGCGAGCGGUGUUGCCCCAGACCCGACAGCAAGGGCGGCAGUGAGGACUGGGGCCCAGCAGCUGGCCGCCCCGAGGGGAGCGGAUGGUCCUACUGGGCAGCUGGAGCUGCCGAGAGAUGAUGAUGCUCAUCUCCACGAUCAAGGGUCCCAGGAGUCCCUCGGCGAGGCUGGGACUCUGGAACGCCCAGCCACCAUCUCUGCACGCAGGGAGGAACCCAAACCAGAGACCCAGAGGAAGGUGCCGGCCAAGACCAGGCGCCGCCGGCAGGUGGUGAAGGGGCAGGCAGAGGGCAGGCGGGAAGACCUCCAUGUCUCUCCUCGGCACUUCCAACCUUGGCCUAAGCGUCCCCGUACGCCCGGGGCCGGAACCAGUCCUUCGGAGGACAGCGCCCAGAACGGCAAAGGGAACCCCCACGGGGAAGCAGAGACCUCGAACCCCCACGGCGGAGCACUGCCCAUCGUGUACUUCUCAGGGAGGCGGGAGAGGCUGCUGCUGCGCCCGGAAGUGCUGGCUGAGGUUCCCCGGGAGGCGUUCACAGUGGAGGCCUGGGUGAAGCCGGAGGGGGGGCAGAGCAGCCUCGCCAUCAUUGCAGGAGUGUUAGAUAACUGCUCCCACACGGUCAGUGACAAGGGCUGGGCCCUGGGGAUCCGCUCAGGGAAGGACGCGCGAAGGCAAGACGCCCGCUUCUUCUUCUCCCUGCGCACAGACCGCAUGAAGAAGGCCACCGUGGUGAUUGGCCACAGUCGCUACCAACCGGGCAUGUGGACACACGUGGCAGCCACUUACGAUGGACGGCGCAUGGCCCUGUACGUGGAUGGCACUCAGGUGGCCAGUAGUCCAGACCAGUCUGGGCCCCUGAACAGCCCCUUCAUGGCAUCGUGCCGUACUUUGCUUCUGGGGGGGGACAGCUCGGAGAACGGGCAUUCUUUCCGUGGGCACCUGGGCACCCUGGUGCUCUGGUCCACGGCCCUCCCCCAAAGCCGCCUCCAGCACGGCUCUCAGCAUCCGAGCGGGGCGGAGGUGCUGAGCACCCUGGUACUGACAGCCAGCUUUGAGCCCCUGGAAGGACAGUGGACCCCCUUUAGAGACGACAAGUACCCCCGGCUCGAGGUUCUCCAGGGCUCGGAGCCCGAGAUCCUCUCACCUUUGCAGCCCCCCCUUUGCGGGCAGACUGCAUGUGACAAUGUGGAGCUGGUCUCCUACUACAAUGGGCACUGGCCCCUGCGGGGAGAGAAGGUGAUCCGCUACCAGGUGGUGAACGUCUGCGACGACGAGGGCCUGAACCCCACAGUGAGCGACGAGCAGAUCAGCCGGCAGCACCAGGCGCUCAACGAGGCCUUCAGCCGCUACAACAUCACCUGGCAGCAGAGCGUCUACCGGCUGCACAACUCCACCCUGCGCCACCGCACCGUGCUCGUCAACUGUGAGCCCAGCAAGAUCGGCAACGACCACUGUGACCCGGAGUGUGAGCACCCACUCACGGGCUACGACGGGGGCGACUGCCGCCUGCAGGGCCGGUGCUACUCCUGGAACCGCAGGGACGGGCUCUGCCACCCCGCGUGCAACAACAUGCUGAACGACUUCGACGACGGGGACUGCUGUGACCCCGAGGCGACCGAUGUGAGCAGGACCUGCUUCGACCCUGACUCACCCAGGAGGGCGUACAUGAGUGUGAAGGAGCUGAAGGAGGCACUGCAGCUCAACAGCACGCACUUCCUCAACGUCUACUUCGCCAGCUCGGUGAGGGAAGACAUCGCGGGCACUGCCACCUGGCCCUGGGAAAAGGAAGCCGUCAGUCACCUGGGUGGCGUGGUCCUCAACCCCAUCUAUUACGGGAUGCCUGGCCAUACCAACACCAUGAUCCACGAGGUGGGGCAUGUCCUGGGACUCUACCAUGUCUUCAAAGGGGUCAGUGAAAGAGAAUCCUGCGAUGACCCCUGCAGGGAGACAGUGGCCUCCAUGGACACAGGAGACCUCUGUGCAGACACUGCCCCCACUCCCAAGAGCAAGCUGUGCCAGGACCCGGAGCCUACCAAUGACACCUGCGGCUUUACCCACUUCCCAGGGGCUCCAUACAACAACUACAUGAGCUAUACAGAUGAUGACUGCACAGACCACUUCACCCCUAACCAAGUGGCGCGAAUGCAUUGCUAUUUGGACCUUGUGUAUCAGCAGUGGAGUCAAAGCCAAAAGCCCACCCCCAUUCCCAUCCCACCCAUGGUCAUCGGGCAGACCAACAAGUCACUCACCAUCCACUGGCUGCCUCCGGUCAGCGGAGUCAUGUAUGACAGGACCACGGGCAGCAUGUGCGGUGCAUGCGCGGAGGACGGGACGCUCCGCCAGUACGUGCAUAAGGCUUCCUCCCGGCGCGUGUGUGACUCCUCGGGCUACUGGACUCCAGAGGAAGCAGUGGGGCCCCCAGACGUGGACCAGCCCUGUGAGCCCAGCUUGCAGGCCUGGAGCCCCGAGCUCCACCUGUACCACAUGAACAUGACCGUCCCCUGCCCCGAGGAAGGCUGCAGCCUGGAGCUGCUCUUCCAGCACCCGGUCCACGCCGACACCCUCACGCUCUGGGUCACCUACCUCUCCAUGGACUCCUCCCAGGCGCUCGUCGACACAGAGAUCUUGCUGGAAAACCAGAAGUCUGUGCACCUGGGCCCCCUGGACACUUUCUGUGACAUCCCUCUCACCAUCAAACUGCACGUCGAUGGGAAGGUCGUGGGGGUGAAGGUCUACACCUUCGAUGAGCGGAUGGAGAUCGACGCUGCUCUGCUGACCUCUCGGCCCCACAGCCCCCUGUGCUCGGGCUGCGUGCCUGUGAGGUACCAGGUUCUCCGGGAGCCCCCCUUUGCCGGCGGCUCAUCCGUCGUGGUGUCGCAUCCCCACAGGAAGUUCACGGACACGGAGGUGGCACCUGGGCAGGUGUAUCAGUACCAAGUUCAAGCUAUCGCUGGAGCAGAACUGGGAGAAGCCUCGCCGCCUCUGAGCCACGUCCACGGAGCCCCUUACUGUGGAGACGGGGAGGUGGCCAGGGACCUGGGAGAGGAGUGUGACGACGGAGACCUGCUGAGCGGGGACGGCUGCUCACGGACCUGCAGCCUGGAGAAAGGCUUCAAGUGCGCAGGAGAGCCCAGCCUGUGCUAUGUGUUUGAGGGAGAUGGCGUAUGUGAGCCCUUCGAGAAGGAAACCAGCCUCGUAGACUGCGGCCUCCACACUCCCGACGGGUACCUGGAUCAGUGGGCUACCCAAGCUUACUCUGCUCAUGAAGACAAGAACAAGUGUCCCGUUUCCUUGGUAACAGGAGAACCUCAUUCCCUGAUGUGCACGUCUUACCAUCCAGAUUUACCGGAGCGCCGUCCCCUUCCUGGCUGGUUCCCCUGUGUCCCCAGUGGGAAUAGAUCUCGGGAUGAAAGCAGUGAGCAGCAAGAAGGUAGCCUGCAGAGAGAGGACAAGGUUUGGCUCAAAGUGUGUUUCAAUAGACCCGGAGUGGCCACGGCAGUUUUCAUUUUCUUCACGUCUGAUGGCCUGGUAUCUGGGAAACGUCAGCGGCCAACGGUGACCGUCCACCUGACCGAUGUCAGUGGAAACAACCACUCUGUUGGGACCUACGAGCUGUCAUGCCAGCACAACCCACUGGUGGUCAACGUGACCCGUCACCUGGAUGUCCUCGCCCACUGCACGGCCUCGGUGUUGCUGAAUUUCUCAUCCCCGCGGGUGGGCGUCUCGGCCGUGGCUCUCAGGACGGCCUCCCCCACGAGUCCGUCGGUUCCCAAUGACUGCGCCCCAGAGCACGAGGGGAAAAAUCAUCAGGGACAGAGCUGUGUCCACGAGCCCCGUGGGGAGCAGAGCAGCUGCGUGCCGUUGCUGCUAGAACACAUGGACGUGGUGAACUGCACCUCUGGGGGCCCGGGUCACAUGAAGUGCGCUGUCACCUGUCAGAGGGGGUUCGCCCUUCAGGCCAGCCGUGGGCCACGCGUCAGGCCCAUGCAGAAGGAAAUUCUGCUCAUGUGCUCCUCGGGGCACUGGGACCGGGCAGUGAGCUGUGUGCCCCUUGACUGUGGCAUUCCUGACCCGUCGUUGGUGAACUACGCCAACUUCUCCUGCCCAGAGGGAACGGGCUUUCAGAAGAACUGCUCCGUCUCCUGUGUCCCGCCAGCCAAGCUUCGAGGACUGAGCCCGGGGCUGACCUGCCUGGAGGACGGGCUGUGGUCUCUCCCCGAAGCCUACUGCAAGCUGGAGUGCGACGCUCCCCCCGCCAUCCCCAACGCCAGCUCGCUCCUGCCCCGCUGCCUCCAGGGCCACCACGACGUGGGCUCCGCCUGCAGAUACGAGUGCAAACCGGGCUACUACGCGGACAGCGCGGGCAGCAGAGUCAGGAGGACCACUUUCCUGAAGAUACAGUGCCUGGAGGAUGGAACCUGGGAGCAAGGCAGCUGCGUCCCGGUGGUCUGCAAGCCGCCCCCUCCUGUCUUUGAAGGCAUGUAUGAAUGUACCAACGGCUUCGAGCUGGGCAGCCAGUGUGUGCUCAACUGUAACCAGGAAGGCGAAAGGCAUCCCAUCGUCUGCACAAAGGAGGGACUGUGGACGGAGGAGUUCCAGUUGUGUGCGAAGCUACAAGGGGAAUGCCCGCCGCCCUCCUCGGAGCUGAAUUCCGUGGAGUACAAGUGUGAACAGGGAUACGGGAUCGGUGCAGUGUGCGUCCCAUCGUGUGCAGUGCCUCCUAAUGACCCCGUGACCCUGCCCGAGAACAUCACUGCAGACACUCUGGAGCACUGGAUGGAGCCUGUCAAAGUGCAGAGUAUUGUGUGCACUGGGCGUCGGCAGUGGCACCCGGACCCCAUCCUGAUCCACUGCAUCCAGUCCUGUGAGCCUUUCCAGGCAGAUGGCUGGUGCGACACCAUCAACAACCGGGCCUACUGUCACUAUGACGGCGGUGACUGCUGCUCGUCCACGCUGUCCUCCAGAAAGGUCAUCCCAUUUGCUGCUGACUGUGACCAGGAUGAAUGCACCUGCCGAGACCCCAAGGCAGAAGAGAACCAGUAA